AUGCGACCCAUGUCGGCGCGAUUGGUGCCAUUGAGGGAGGAGGGAGGGGGAGAGGAGGAGGGGGAGGGGGGAGAGGGGGAGGGGAGGGGGGAGAGUGGGAGGGGAGGGGGAGAGGGGGAGGGGAGGGGGGGAGAGGGGGAGGGGAGGGGUAAGCUCAAGCACUCCGCAUCUUCUCCUCCUCUCCUCCUCCGUUCCCCGCCGACCCUCCACGCUGCUGCCCCUCAUUUCCACCUCUUCCUCCCCUCCCUCCCCCCCCUUCCAGCUCCGUCCGGCCAUAGUGGCGGCUCAGGCCCUCCGCUUCUCCUGCACCCCCCACGACCUCCUCCUCCUCCUCUCCUCCUCCGUACCCCGCCAACCCUCCACUCUCCCCCUCAUUUCCCCCCCUCCCUCUUCCCCCCCCCCCCCCAAGCUGCGCCCGGCCAUAGUGGCGGCUCAAGCCCUCCGCUUCUCCCGCACCCCCCACGACCUCCUACUCCUCCUCUCCUCUUCUAUGCUUUAAUUAUCUCCUCUUCCCCCCCUCCACCCACCCUUCCCCUCUCCCCAUUCCCAGCUUCGACCAGCAAUAGUGGCAGCUCAAGCCCUCCGCUUCUCCCGCACCCCCCACGACCUGCUGCUCCUCUCCUCCUUAAUGCCCCCCAUUUCUCUCCCCCCUCUCCCCUUCCACCCCAACAAUUAUACUUCCAGCUCCGCCCGGCCAUACUCCGUCCGGCUAUAGUGGCAGCUCAAGCCCUCCGCUUCUCCCGCACGCCCCACGACCUGCUUCUCCUCCUCUCCUCCUCCGUACCCCACCAGCCCUCCACUCUCCCCCUCCCCCUCCUCCUCCGCCACUUCACAGCCGUCAUCCCCCUCCCGGCCAAUCACCUUCAAGGAGCCGCCGUCGCGGCCAAUCCACUGCUAGUGGCGAACCCGGGCGGCGGAGGGGCGGCGGGCAGAGGGGGAUCGGGCGGCGGAGCUGGUGGGGCGGCUGGGGAUGGUUUGGGGACCAAUCAGGGGGCGGGGAUGGCAGGGGGGGGGUCUCCGGUGGAAGGUUACAGGAAGCUUCAUGUGUGGCGGUUGGUGGAGUAUGACUGGGUGUUGUAUCUUGAUGUGGAUGUGCUUAUAACGAGGAAUUUGGAUCACCUGUUCCCUAGUAACGCGGAGGAUGGCAGCAGCAACGUCAGCAACAGCAGCAGCAGCAGCAGUAGCAGCAGCAGUGGCGGCGGCAGCAGCAGGAGCAGCAAGGGAGCAGACAGGGUCGAACCUUCACCAGAUAACACCUCCCCCCACAGGCAGCCCUGUCCCGAACCUCUGGCUGCCGCACCUGACGUGUACGAGGCUGACCGCUUCAACGCAGGCGUGCUGCUGGUUCGGCCGAGCCUCGCGGUGUUCCGGCAGAUUGUGAGGCGAGCCAAGGUGGUGGCUGCUGCCGUGGCUGCUCGCGCUGGUGCCAUGCCUAACGACCAGGUAUGGCAGACUGGCGCCAUGCCUAACGACCAGGACUUUCUCAACUCAGUGUUUCGCCACUGGUUCAAGUCCCACCCCUCCUGCCGCCUCCUUUCCUCCUCCUGUUCACCGAUGCCCCCAAUUGCCCCUUCCUGA